UAUAUAUAUAUAUAUUCAUUCCAUUAUUGCUCUAUAUAUGUGUGUGAAGAGUGUAUAAAAGAAAGAAGAAAGGGCAGCCCGCCAUAACAGCUGGUAAUUUGGUACUGCAAGAUGAAGAGAGUAGAGCUUGUGUUCAUCCCGAGUCCCGGAAUGGGUCAUCUCGUUUCCGCUAUCCAGUUUUCGAAGCGAUUGCUUGAUCGAGAUGACCGUUUCUCAGUCACGAUUCUCAGCAUCAAGCGAGGAGAUGUAACCACAACCGAUGCGUAUAUAGCGUCGAUUGCUGCUUCCGAUUCCCGUGUAAAAUUUAUCCAUCUUCCUCAUGUAGACCCUCACCCACCACCCCAACAAAAGCCUGUUGAGAAAGACAACACCCAUCGCAUACAGAGCCAAAAUGAUCUUGUCAAAGAAGCUAUCCUCAACCAUGUGUUGCCAACUACCAUUCCACUUGCAGGAUUGGUGGUUGAUAUGUUCAAUUCCUCCAUGAUCGAUGUGGCCCAUGAGCUCGGUGUCCCGUCUUAUAUGUUUUUCACAUGUAGUGCUGCCUUUCUUGGCUUCAUGCUCUACCUUCCAACUCGACAUGACCAGGUGGGCAUCCCGUUUAGAGAAUCGGAUCCGGAUUCAGUCAUCGCUAGUUAUGUUAACCCAGUUCCUUCUAGUGUUUUGCCUUCGUUUGCGUUUGAAAGUUCGAUCGUCGUCAGAGGCCAUGAGUACCUCCCCAUGGUAAACCAUGGUAGAAAGUUUAAAGAGAUCGAUGGGAUUAUUGUCAACACGUUUUACGAGCUGGAAACCCAUGCGGUGAAUUCAUUUUUGGAUGAUAAAACGCCUCCAGUUUACACGGUGGGGCCGGUGAUUGACCUCGAGAAUAAGAAUCAUUCGGGAGUUAAUCAGGUCAAAUACGAGGAGAUCAUGAAGUGGCUUGAUGAUCAACCUCCAUCAUCGGUGGUGUUCCUGUGCUUUGGAAGCUGGGGGACCUUCAGUGUACCCCAGCUGAAAGAGAUCGCACUUGGGCUCGAGCGGAGUGGCCACCGAUUCCUGUGGUCAAUACGGUUGAGAACCUCAAAUGAUAGGUUUGCCCCGCUUACGGAUUCCCCGAAUCUGGAGGAGAUAUUGCCCCCGGGGUUCCUGGAAAGAACGAGAGAAGUUGGGAUGAUAUGUGGUUGGGCUCCACAAGUGGAGGUGCUCGCCCACAAAGCCAUCGGAGGGUUUGUGACACAUUGCGGAUGGAACUCGAUCCUGGAGAGUGUGUGGUAUGGUGUACCGAUGGCCGCAUGGCCAAUGUACGCGGAACAGCAAUUAAAUGCAUUCCAGAUCGUGAGGGAUCUGGGGCUGGCAGUGGAAUUGAAGUUGGAUUACAGGCGUGAUGGUGAGCUUGUGAUGGCUGAGAAGAUAGAGCAAUCGGUGAAAUGCUUGAUGGAGCCUGAUAUCGAGGCGAGGAAGAGGGUGAAAGAGAUGAGCGAGAAGAGCAGAAAGGCUGUGAUGGAGGGUGGAUCUUCGCAUGCUUCACUUGGACGGUUGAUCGAGGCUCUAUCUGUUGCUGUCGGCAAAUAAUAUGAUGCCUGGGAAGUGAAAAUAGAUAUGUGCGCGCGUGUGAUUGUGUCAUCAUGGGUGCAGUGGGCAAGGCUUAAGAGGGUGAAUGUAAGAAUGGAAGUGCAGUCUGUGUAGAAGCUGAAUAACGGAAUUGGAAUAAUAGAAAUAAUGAAAUGAAGUCCUUUACUGAAACGGCACGUUUUGGUACGUUGAAAGGAAUAAGUAAAAAGGCAAGGUUUGGUACGUUGAAAGGAAUAAGUAAAACGGCGUGUUAUGAUUGUUGUAUUUCAUGCUUUGCGUUUAUCUCUUUGUAAUUUGCGCUUAGCUCUUUGUAAUUUGCGUUUUGAGUAUUAGAGCAUUACAUUAUUUUUCUUCUUCACAACUGCUCUAUAAGUGCAGAAGUGAUCAUGUAAUUGGCAGCAAAGAUUUAAGUAAGAUCAUUUUCUGGAGGUUGAGAAUCCCUCGAAGAUUCUCUGCAAGAUUCGCAAUGGAAUCUUGAUCA